AUGACUUCAAGACCCCGUAUGGUCGCUACUAGUCCCCAAGUCCCUUAUUCGGGUGAGUUGGCCGCCCCGACGACGCUCGACAAGACCAGUGGUAAUGGACUUUACCUCACGCCUACCUGCCAGUCAUCACGCCUACCUGCCAGUCAUCACGCCUACCUGCCAGUCAUCACGCCUACCUGCCAGCGUCAUCACGCCUACCCGCCAAUCAUCACGCCCACCUGCCAGUCAUCACGUCUACCCGCCAGUCAUCACGCCUACCUGCCAAUCAUCACGCCCACCCGCCAGCCAUCACGCCUCACCUGCCAGUCAUCACGCCUACCUGCCAGUCAUCACGCCUACCUGCCAGUCAUCACGCCCACCUGCCAGUCAUCACGCCUACCUGCCAGUCAUCACGCCCACCUGCCAGCGUCAUCACGCCCACCUGCCAGUCACGCCCACCCGCCAGUCAUCACGCCCACCCGCCAGUCAUCACGCCUACCUGCCAGUCAUCACGCCCACCCGCCAGUCAUCACGCCCACCUGCCAGCCAUCACGCCUACCUGCCAGUCACGCCCACCCGCCAGUCAUCACGCCCACCCGCCAGUCAUCACGCCUACCCGCCAGUCAUCACGCCCACCUGCCAGUCAUCACGCCUACCCGCCAGCAUCAUCACGCCCACCUGCCAGUCAUCACGCCCACCUGCCAGCUCAUCACGCCCACCUCGCCAGUCAUCACGCCCACCUGCCAGUCAUCACGCCUACCCGCCAGUCAUCACGCCUACCUGCCAGUCAUCACGCCUACCUGCCAGCCAUCACGCCUACCUGCCAGUCAUCACGCCUACCUGCCAGUCAUCACGCCUACCUGCCAGUCAUCACGCCUACCUGCCAGUCAUCACGCCUAA